AUGAUUUAUCGACUCUGCUGCAUACGCCAAUCGAGGUGUGAGUGGAGAGCAGCAGCAGCAAUUCCACGCAUGUCAGCCCCCCGACACGGCGUCAGUCCAAUUGUUCCCAUGGCUCAGCCUCCCCCUUCAUGUUCAUGGCCCGACUAUCCGAUCAGCGCGCAACCCAUCGUCUGGUUUUCUGGACAUCCCACGGUGGCAUCGCAGCAGCACAUGGCCAAGACCCUUGAGGAUUUCCGAGAUGGACGUUUCUUUGCGGCUCCGGGCUUCUGGUCCCCACCACGGCCGACGCGGCAUUCGACCCUCGCUGGUCUGCCGCCGCCCGCCAUUGCCACCACCACCGUGGCACCGCCAUUACCUCCAAGGGAGCAUAAUGCGGUGAGCCAUCGGACGGCAAUGUCUCACUGUCUGCAUCCCCCAAGGGAGGCUUUUCAUCCGUCUAGCCUCCUUCAUCCUAGACCGCAUCACUUCCGCGAUACUUGUCUUGGAGCUGCUGCGACACCACGUAGCUAA